AUGUUUGUUUAUGCGAAAUUCAAAAGCAUAUUUUGUUUUGGUAUUAAAAUGUUGAUGCUACCAAAGCAUUUGAAGAUUGGCCUAAUUUCUUUUCUGGUGUUUGUUGGUAACCUCAUCGUGUGCUGGGUCAUAGUGCCAGCCAUCAUCAAAAGCCAAAUUAAGAAGCAAAUGGCACUCUCGAAAAAAACGGAUGUGCGUCAAAUGUGGGAGGUGAUACCUUUUGCUCUGGACUUCAAGAUAUACUUUUUCAACUACACCAAUGUUGAUGACAUACAGAAAGGUGCUAAACCUAUCGUGAAAGAAGUAGGACCUUAUUAUUUUGAAGAAUGGAAAGAAAAGGUAGAUAUAGAAGAUCACGAAGACACAGAUACUAUAACAUACAAGAGGAAGGAUACUUUCUACUUUAAACCAGAACUAUCAGGACCGGGGUUGACGGGAGAUGAAAUCAUUGUCAUGCCUCAUCCACUUCUAUUCGCCAUGAUAAACAAAAUACACUCGACCAAACCCGCUAUGCUGAGUAUGAUAUCCAAAGCAAUCAAUGGCAUAUUCGAGAACCCAUCAACCUUCUUCAUAACUGCGAAGGCUAUAGACCUACUGUUCCAUGGAGUCCGGAUCAACUGUGACAGAACUGAGUUCGCGCCGAAGGCUGUAUGCACGGCCCUGAAGAAGGAAGCAGCAAACAGUUUUGUGAUCCAACCGAAUAACCAGCUCAUGUUCUCUUUGUUUGGACCGCGCAACGGUUCAGUAAACCCUCAAGUAAUAACUGUCUUACGUGGGAUAAAGAACAUAAUGGACGUGGGUAAGGUGAUAGCUGUCGAUGGUAAGGAGGAGCAGGACAGGUGGUCAGGCCACUGCAAGCAGUACGAAGGCACCGAUGGGACAAUAUUCCCACCUUUCCUGACCAAACAUGACAGGCUGGAGUCGUUCUCUUUGGAUUUGUGUCGAACCUUUAAACCCUGGUAUCAAAGGAAGUCGUACUACCGCGGCAUUGCGACUCACAGAUAUAUCGUCAACAUCGGGAACUUGGCUAAUGAUACUGAGCUUCAUUGUUACUGCAGCCCACCCGGCUCCUGUCCUUUGAGGGGACUGAUGUAUCUCGAGGAAUGUAUUGGUGCUCCAUUCGCAGUAUCCCCACCACACUUCUACGACGCAGACCCCUCCCUCCAGAAUUUGGUGGAUGGUCUACACCCAAAUAUGGAAGAUCACGAAAUCUAUAUUGACUUUGAACCGGUCUCCGGUACUCCGAUGGUGGCUAAACAACGCGUGCAGCUGAACAUUAACUUGCUGAAGACGGACAAGGUGGAACAGUGUGCUAACCUCACCAACACCCUCGUACCCCUGUUCUGGUUGGAAGAGGGUUUGGCCCUGAACAAAACGUUCGUGAACAUGCUGAAGUUUCAGCUUUUUUAUCCGAAACGGGCAGUGGGGCUGCUACGCUGGUUCAUCAUGUUUUGCUGCGUGUACGGCAUGCUGGGCUCUAUGGCUUAUCACUUUAAAGACACCAUCAUGCGUUUCGCUGAUGUGAAAUGGUCGCCAUCGUCCCCAAAAGUCAACCCUAGACAGGGCAUGGAUGCCCAAGAGGAUAGACCAUCUAAGAUAGAAUAAUACCUAAC